CAAAAGCCGAGAAAAUUGACGUCAUAUCUUGUCUGAGCUGAGAAGGAGCUCUUCCAAUUUGUACUCCCAGCGAAAUGCAUCGGCUAGAGCGGCCAGGGCUGACCCCUAGCGCAUAUUGAUCUUACAGAUCUGCAUCUGGGAGCUAAUCAAAGCAGACUUGAGUUUGUCUGCUUUCAGCAAAUGUCUUGAAGCACUAAAAAAAGAUCUCGUGUGCAGGGUUCAACAGACUUGUGGAGCACACUAUUCCCUAGAUCUGCUCAGUGUUCCGUGGUCUUGCAAGGAAGGGGUAUUUUUGCACUCAAGGCACUCAAGGAUCCGUCCUUCAAAUGAAGGUAGCUUUUUGUGUCAGCUGACCUCUGAGAUCUGCUCUUCUUUGAGGAGACCAUGGCUUCCAAAGACCUGCUUGCAGCUGGAAAGAAGCGGCUCGAACAGUUCCGGCAAAACAAGACGGGAGCAAAGACGCCGGUGGCAAGCAAGGCGCAGAAACCCGGGUUUAGCUUUGGGUUAGGUCGACGGGCCACCAAGCCAGAGCCGGCAGAAGAAGCAGCAGCCGGUGAAGUCCCAGAUGCUGGAGACGUUUCUGCUGACCUAGCAGGGGAUGCAAGCAACUCUGCAGCGACUGAGACGGCGAAGGAUCAGGGGUUGGACUCAGAGCAAGAAGAGGAUGUAUUCGAGGAUGCUCGGAGCACCGGGAACCUUACAGAUGGCGCUUCCACUGACGAUGAGCAGUCGACCCCAAGGACCCCCCCACUGCGAAGGGUGCCGGCGCCUUUCCCAGAGAACCGCUUCAACUUCUUUGCCAACGACACGUCGAGGUUUGCGACAUCUCGGCUUCGCACACAGGAGAAUGGUCAGCCAGGCAGCGCCCCUCCACCAGCCCUAGAUGUCCAGCCCAAAUCCCCUGAGACUGCGGAGCAUAGCCGUUUGAAAGAGCAGGCUCUCUCCCUUCAGCAGCGGCUCUCUCUCAUUGGGAGCCCGUCCUCCUCACCCACCCCAGUCGAGAAUCAGGUCAAAGAAGAGCUCAGGAAGAAGUCUGAACGAAUCAAGAUUCUGGAAGAGGAGAGAGAGGCACUGCAGGCAAACCGGCGGGAGAGCCGGGGAAGCGACGCCGCGCGCAGGGGGGAGAACGCGAGCAGGAUCGCAGAUCUGGUGGAGAAACACGGGGCUGAGGUGGCGGAGCUGAAGCUGUCGCUACGGGACAAGGAGCGAGAACUAGGCGUGCUGCAAAGCGAGCGCGAGGAGGCGCGGACCCACUUUGCCGAGUUCCAACAGGCGCUGACGCAGCGGGACGAAACAAUCUCGGAGCUUCAGAAGAAGGUGCGCGAGGCGGGGAACAGUAUGGAGAUUGAGGAACUCGGCGAGAAGUUGCGUGCGUGCGAGGGGGCGCGCGCGCUUGCAGAGGAGCGCGCCGAGGGCCUGGCCAAGCAACUAGAGCUGGCGCAGAACUUGAGCGUGGGCAAUGAGGAAAGCAGCCUGAAGGCGGCCUCGGAGGAAGUCAAGCGCUGCCUCGAAGAGGUCGCCGCAGCGAAAGAAGCAGAGCGGAAGGCCGAGGCGAGAGCCGCAGAGACAGAGCGCCAGGUGGCGACGCUCCAGGCCGCGCUGUCCGGAAAAGACGACGAACUGUCCGCUGUCCGGCUGGAGAAGGACAACGAGCUGGAGCGGUCGCGGUUCACGGUUCAGUCUUUGCAGUUCCAGAUCUCAUCAGCAGAGCAGGUUCUGGCGCCGCGAAAGCAGGCGGGAACGGAGUCCUUCUCGCUUGUGUCGGAGGUCACGGCGCUGCUGUCGGAGCUGGAGCAUGCGCGGGCAGGGGUGGCUACGCUGCAGAGCCAGCUGGCGGCGCUAGAACAGGAGGUGCAGUUCCUGAGGACGCAGGCGGCGCAGGGGGAACUCGCGGUGCAGCAGGUUGCGGCGCUCCAGGCGGAUCUGGCGCAACGGGAGGAGCAGCUUCGGAAGACCAAGGAGAAGCUGCGAACCGCGGUGGCCAAGGGAAAGGACGUGGUUCGCGAGCGGCAGAGCCUCGUGGAAGCGUCGGAAACCCUGCAGGCGCGAGUGGCGGAGCUGGAAACGGAGGUUGCAAGCAAGGGGGUCGUUGUGGAAGAGCAGAAGGCAAAGCUUGCGGAACUAGAGGCGGGGGCUGCGAGCAACGGGGCCAUCGCAGAAGAGCAGAAGGGGAGGCUUGGGGAACUAGAGGCGGAGGUCGCAGCUCUCAGGAGUGCGCCUGAUGAGCAGCGAGUGAAAGCAGAGGAGCUAGAGAGGGCACUCAGUGCUGCGCAGGAUAAGGAGAGCGCGGCGUCGAUUGAGGUUGAAGCGGUGCGGGUCAGAGUUUCUGAGCUGGAGGAAGCAAGCAGCAGGUUGGAGGUGGACAGAGAAGGACUAGUUGGGGAGAAGGAAGCGCUUGAGGCCGAGUUGGUGGCGUUGCGGAAAGAGGUGAAGAGCGUCGAGGCGGAAGCCCAGAACGUGUGUUCGGCAAAGGAGGCGCUAGAGGCCCGCGCAGGGGAGGCGGAGAGUGCCGUGGCUGUGAUGUCAGCACGCGCAGAGGGGGCCGAAGAAGCUGUGCGGUUGUUGAAAGAAGAUUUGGCUGGGGUUCAAGCCAAGAAGAAGGCGCUAGAAGAGGAAAUGGGAACGGCCAGGGGGCGUGCGGAAGAAGCGGAGAGGGCUCUGGAGGAACUACGGGUACGGAGCGAAAAGGAGGGGGAGCAGCGGGUGACGGUAGCGGAACAGAGGGCGGAGGAAGCGAAGGGGAUGCUGGAGUCGAAAGAGGGGGAGCUGCAGGUUGCACUAGAGGAAGUGGCGAGCGUAAAGGCGGAGCUUUUAGAAGCGGGGUCGAAAGCAGAAGAAGGGGAGAGAAAAGUUGGGGAGCUCGAGGCUGCCUUGGCAAGGGCGUCUGAGGAGACGGCAAAGGGAAGGGCACAGCUGGAAGGAGUCACAGCGGAGCUGAAUGCAGCCAAAGAAGAAGCGAACGCCACCCGUGCUCAAGGGGAAGAGGCAAGGACGGGGGCGUUGAAAGAGAUGGCAGAGAAAGAAGAGGAAUUGGGAAAGGCUCUGGCUCAAGUUGAGAGCCAGUAUGCGGCAGCGACCGCAGAGGCGGAGGAGAUGAAGCUGCGUCUGACCACGCUCGAGAAGGAGUGCGGGGACGCAAAAGCAGCUUUGGCCGAGUCUCAGGCGGUUGCCGAGUCCAAAGACGCCGCGGUGAAGUCUCUCGAGGAGAAGGUGAGUGAGUUGACGCGGUCUCAGGAGGAGAGGACGGGCCAGCUUGCCGCGCUCGAAGCGGAGCUAGUGUCUGUGAAGGAGAAAGAAGCGGAGGCGGUUGCGAAGCUGGAGGCGGCCAGCAACGCAGUGAAGAAGGUCGGGGGCAAGAACAAGAAGGGCGGGGAUCGGGCGCUGAGUCCCAUGGGGUUGGAAAGAAGGCUGGUUUCGCUGCAGGAGUCGGCGGAUCGAGUGGAGGGCCUUGCUGAUGAAGUGGUAAGACUGAAACAGCAGUUGGAGGAAGUGGGAGUGGCUCAAGACAAGGCCUCAGAGGAGUUGGCUGGGGUGCGGAAGGAUAAAGAAAAGGCGGAGAAGACCGCAAAGUCUGCGAAGGCGCUGUUUGAGACGGUUAGGGAGCAAUUAGAGGCCAAGUCGGCGGAGCUGACGGCGCUGCAGGAGAGGUUUGAAACUAGAGAGGGGAGCAUUCUGGCCUUGGAGGAGGAAUUCUCGGGUCAGGCCGCAGAAGUCGACCAGUUACGGACGGAGUGUCAGAGGUUGGAGAACGAGUUGAGUGGGGCAAGAACUAGAGAGGAAAAGUUUGGGGCGGAUCUGGCUGAGGUUCGGAAAGAGGCCGACCAAGCGAAGGAACAAGAGGCUGCGGUGAAGGAGAAGUUGGAGGAGAUGCGGAAGAAAGUGCAGAAGAAAAUGGCGGAGACGAAGGCAAAGAGGGAGGAGCUGGAGGGGAAGAUUAAGGAGCAAGGGGAGACCAUUGGGGAACUAGAGCGGGGUGUGGCGGAAGCUGCCGGCAAAGCAGGGGAAGUGGCGCGCCUUGAGGAACAGGUGGCGGCCGCUGAGGCGAGGAUUACGGAGCUAACCCAAGAGGUCGAGUCUGCAGAGGCACUGCGGAGGAAGAGUGAGGCAAGGGUUAAUGAGCUAACCCAGGACGUCCAGUCUGCAGAGGCACUACGGAAGGAGAGUGAGGUGAGGCUUAAGGAGCUAACCCAGGAGGUCGAGUCUGCAGAGGCGCUGCGGAAGGAGAGUGAGGCGAGGGUUAAGGAGCUAACCGAAGAGGUCGACUCUGCUUCAAAGCUGCGGAGAGAGGCGGAGGAGCGGGUUGAGGGCCUAACCCAGGAGUUAGCGGCCAAGGAGCAGGAAGUUGAGGAGAAGGUUAAGGGCCUAAGCGAGGGGCUCGCAGAGAAAGAGCGGCUACUGAACGAGGCCCUGGUGGAGGCAGAGACGGAGCGGGAAACUAGGCGUGCGAUUGAAGCGUCGGUGGAGGAAGGGAGAGCCGAGCUUGCGGCACAGACGGAAGCACAGGAGGCGGCCGUUGAGAGGAUUGCAGCGCUUGAGAAAGAGGUGGGGGCAAUGAAAGAGGCGGCAGCCGCCCGCGAGAAGGUGCUAUCGCAAGCGCAGGUUCAAGACCAGCAGUCUGCUCUGGCCCCCCGCGUACAAGCCCUUGUCUCCCGCCUAACCAAACAUGGCAUCCUCGAACUAACUCCCGCGCCCAAACCAGAAGCCCCCCAGCCAGCGCCCCCAAAGGCGACCCACGGGGGCAAGAAGGGCCGUAACAAGAAGGCGCACAACCAGGCCGGCGUUUCCGUGGUGCCCCGCGAGAAACCCUCCGAGGAGCCUGUCGCAAUGUCCCUGGACGCUUUGAUCGAGCAGACGGAGAGCGGGAUGGUCAAGCUGCUGGAGUCGCUUGAGGGCGCGCAGAAGAAGUGCGAGGCGCUGGAGCAAGAGCUGAGAGCUCGAGAAGAAGAGGCGGAAAAGAUAAAGGCCGAGAGGAACGCCGUGGAAGAGCAGCACCAGGACUCAGUGGCCCGAGUCGCUGCCAUGGAGUCUGACGCCGCUUCAGCCCUGGAGAAGCUGAGGGAAGCUGAAGAGAAAGCAACGCAGACGGAGGCAGCGCUGCGGAAAGAGCUGACGUCAGCCCUGGAGAAGCUGAGGGAAGCUGAAGAGAAAGCAACGCACAUGGAGGCAGGCCUGCAGGAAGAGCUGACGUUAGCUCAAGAGAAGCUGGGGGAAGCUGAAGAGAAGGCGACGCAGACGGAGGCAGCUUUGCGGGACGAGCUGACGUCAGCCUUGGAAAAGCUCAGGGAAGGGGAAGAAAAGGCGACGCAGACGGAGGCCGCGCUGCGGGAAAAGCUGACAUCAGCAGAAGCUGAUGUCGAGCGGCUGCGGGGAGAAGCGCGGGCCGCUGGAGAAGCGGCGGAAGGGGCCGAGAGCAGGGCGCGAGAACUAGAGGCGGGGGUGGAACGCCUGCGGCGGCAGUCGGAAGAUGCGGAGAGAGAGAAGGAAUCUGCGGAGAGGGGCUUGAGUGAGCUGGACACGUUGCGGAAAGAAAUGGCGGAGGUGGUGGAGGCGAAACGAAAGGCGGAGGAGUUGCUGACUUCGAAGGGAAUAGAGUUGAGUGAGCUUCGGGAGGUGAUUCGUCGGAUGGAGGAGAAAGGUAUGGAGAGGGAAAGCGAGUUGCGAACGGUGGAAGAGAGAAGAGCGGAGGUGGAGAGCGCCCUGGAAGCGAGAGAGAAAGAAGUGGGCGCUUUGAAGGAAGCCCUCGAAAGCGGCUGUGCGAAGGAAGAGGAGCUGUCAGCUCAGGUUGCGAAGAUGACCGCGUCUGCGUCUGAGAACGAAACGAGAGUGAGCGUACUACGGGAAGCGCUGGAGACAACUAGAGCGGAGGCGGAAGACGCGCGGGCGCGAGCGGAAGCGGUCGAGAAGGGGAAGGCGGAGGGGGAAGCGGCUAUGGAGCAGCUGAGGCAGAGCUACCAACUAGAGAAGGACAAGGUGGAGCGCGCAAAGAAAGCGUACAAGAAGCUCAAGGACGAGAAAGUGCGCUUCGAGACCAAGGUGAAGGAGCUCGAGGGGAGCGCCUCGUCCGGCGCCGACGCUCAAACGGCCCGGAUCAAGGAGCUUGAGGCAGCCGCAGCGCAGUCGCAAGAGCUGCUCGAAAAGGCACAGAGUGAAAAGGGUCAGACAGAGGAGACGCUUAAGCAGCUAGAGGCGGCAGUUGCAGAGGCCGAGGCCAAGGCGCAAGCACUUGCCGGCCAACUCGAGGAGGCGCGGGAAAGGAUGGGGGGCAUGGAUGCAGAAAUUCUCAGAGCGCUCCGUGAGAACCAAGCGCUGGAUGUUAUCGUGAAGGACCACCAAGAUGCGCUGGAGCGCACGACUGCCGAAUCGCACGGUCUCCGGACGGAGCUGGCCGCGGCGUCCGAACGGGCGCGGCAACUAGAGGCGGAACUCCUGGAGAAGGAAGGGGAGAUUGGGGACGUGUGGGAGCGCAAUCGGGCUCUCAUGGAGGAUCGGGCCACGCUUGAGACUUCCGUUGAGGGUAAGGACUCGGAAAUUAACGUGAUCCGAGUUCAGUUGUCGGAAGCUGAAAAGAAGGUGACGGAGACGGACACGAGAGCGGGCGCGGCGGAGGCGCUGUUGGAAGAGACUCGUGGCAGGACGCGGGAACUGGAGGAGGAGGUGGCGGUGAUGCAAGGAACUCUGGUGGAGUUGCAGGGGUUCCUGAAAACGAUGGCGCAGGAGAAGGAAAGCGCUGUAGCGGAGAAGUCGGGGCUGGAGGCGAGAGUGCGCGAGCUCAGUCCGGAGAUGGAAAAACUGCGCGCGGAGCUGGCCGCCGUGCGGAAAGAACUAGAGGAGGCGAGCAGCGCUCUGGGAGGUGCGCGGAAAGACGCGGAGGAAGCGAAAGCUAACGCGGAUAACGUUCGGAAAGCAGCUGAAGAUGCGGAGAAGAUGUUGGGAGACACGCGGAGAGAGGCAGAGGCCGCGCAAAGCGAGCUGCAGAGUCUGAGGGAGGCGAAGAGCACUGAUAUGAGGGAACGAGAAGCAGAGCUUACGUCACUUCUGGCAGAGCGGGACGCGGCAAACGAGGUGCGGAUGAAAGAAGUGGCGGAGCUACGGGCGCAGGUGUCGGAACUGGAGCAGGAGAGACAGGAACUAGAACGGGAGAGGCAAGAUCUGGCCGGCGAGCUAGAGUUGGUGCAAGCGGCGAUUUUGGACGUCCGACAGGAGAAGAAGGAACUUGUGGCGGCAUCCGAACUAGAGCAGGCGCAUAUUCAUGAAGCUCGCCAGGAGAAGGACCGAAUUGCGCAGGAGCUGUCGGAUGUGCGGAACCAGUUGAGACGGACGUCAGGAGCGGAGCAGGAACUAGGGACGGCGAGAGAGGAGGCCGAGCGGAUCCGGGUGGAGAGCGAUGCGAGGUACAGGGGUUUGCAAACCGAGUACGAGGCGCUUGCGACACGUUUGGAGUACGCGGAGAAUGAAGUGGGUGCUUUGAGAGAGGCGAUGGGUCGGAGAGAGGGCGAGCUGCGGUCAGCAGAAGACGCUCUUUCUGCUCUAAAAGAGGAGAAGAAAGCGCUAAUUCAGAGCCAAUCGGAGGAGAGUGAGAGACGGGAAGAAGCCCUGCGGCGAGUUGAGGUGGAGCUAACAAAACUGAAACAGGAGCGGGAGACGCUACAUAGGGACCGCGAGGCCGCGCACAGCUCAGGUGCCGAAGCUGCUGCCGCUAUUUCGGUUUUGGAGAGGGAGAAGAAGCAUUUGGAGGAGGAGGUUGCGCGGCUAGAAGAGACGGCUGCGCAGCGGAGCGCGGCUCUGGAGGCGGCCAAUGAGAGGGCUUCAGAAGCUGCAAACGAAUUGGCUGAGAAAACGGAGAAGCUUAUGGCUUUGUCUGCCGAGAUCGCGGCUCUUCAGGCGCAGAUUGCAGAUGCGGCUUCCGAGAAGGAGGCGCUGGUGCAGGCUCUGAGGGAGAAGGAGCGCUUGGUGGAGUCACUGGCUGCUGAGCUGGAGGCCGCGAAGAGCCAGAACGAAGCACUGGAGCGCCAGGUGGCGCAAGCGGGGGACGCCUCCGAGGUCGCGAAGUUGAAAGAGGACCUAGCGCAAGCGCAGACCCAAACGGCAACGGUGCGGGAGAAACUUAUGAAGGCCGUAAAGAAGGGCAAGAGCAUCGAGCAGCAGAAGAAGGAACUAGAGAAGGAGCUGCAGGAGUUGAAGGGAGCGCCGGCGGCGACCGAGGGGACGCCUAGAGGUUCCGCGCGGCAAAGUGAGGAGCUGGGCGACGGGGGGGAAGCUUUAGAGGUGCAGGCGGAGCGGCGGCGGCUGGAAGAAAUUUACGCCGCUCAGAUGCAGCGGGUGGCGGAGCAUUCCGCGGAGGAGCAACAGCGGCUGACGGCGGAGCGGGACGCGCUCGCGCGCGAACUAGAGGGGGCGAGAAAUGAGCUUAGAGCGUUGGAAGCCGAGGUGCAGAAGCUCGGGGCGCGGAUGCGGGAUAAGGAGGAGGAAGCGAUGGAGGCGCAUCGCAAGGCAAACGACCUGGCCGUCGUGCUGGCGGAGAGCGCAGCGCGUGAGACGGAGCUGCGGAGGAUGAGCGGGCACCUGCAGAACCAGGUGAAAGAACUAGAGGAGUCCAUUACUGCCGCCAAGCGCAAGCGCCGCGAGUCCGAGCGCGCGCUCGAGACCCACGAGGCCGAACUCCAAACCCUCCAAACCUCGCUGACGUCACUCGAGCAGUCGAAACAGGCCCUCGAAGCGGACCUGUCCGCCCAGACCGCUCGCGCCGAAACCGCCGAGUCCGCGCUCGCCGCCCGGGAGGUCGAGAUGGGCGGUGUGAAUACUCUCAGGUCGGAGCUGGCGGCUGCGAACGAGCGCGUCCGACAGCUGGAAGAGGGCAUUCACACCAGGGGGAAAGAGCUGGAAACUGUGGGGGCGCAGCUGGCGGAGAUGACGGAGAAGCACCGGACGGCGCAGGAGAAAGCGCUCCGCGCGCGGGUGCUUUGGGAGAAGGGGAACAAGGAGGUGGAGAGAUUGAAGGCGGAGGUUGCGAGGCUGGAGGAAGGAGGGGAGCAGCGCGAGAGGGGCGGCGAGGACGCGCAGGGAGAGGUUCUCACGCUCCAGACUCGAGUUGAGGAACUCACCGCCGCCCUCGAGAGCGCCCGCAAGGAAGCCGAGGAGCGGCUCACUCACUCAGAAGACGAGAAGAACCGGCUUUUGGCAUCGCUCGCCGACCAGCACGAAUCCGCCGCCAGUGCUGUCCAUAAGCUUGAACGGCUACAGGGACUGCUGCAGACCGAAGUGGAAAAAGCGGAGAAGUACGAAGCGAGGAUUGCGGAGCUCGAGGCCACGUCAGCUGGCCACGUGGCAGACGUCGAGCGGCUGUCGGGAGACCUGGCGGCGCUGCGGGCGAGCCACGACGAGGCGGGUGACGUCAUCAAGGGUCUCCAAGAGGAGCGGGAAGCGGCGCGCGGGGAAACGGAAGGUCUGAGGCGGAAGCUGGAAGCUGCGGAGAAAGGGGGAGACGAGGAGCUGGUUUUGGCGAGGGAACAACUAGGCGCGGCGCAGAAAGAGGCGGCGGGACUGAAGGCGGCUUUGGAUGCCCACGAGAAAGAGUAUGAAGCGAAGCUGAAGGAGUGGGAAGAGAAAGCGAGGGGGCUGUCAGAGGAAGUGGGGGCGUUACGUGCGCGAGAGGAGGAGCGGGUUGCGGCAGUCGCGGGUGCGGAGGCGCAGCGCGCAAAGGCGGUUGCGGCGGUGCAGAGCACCAAGAAGAAGACCCAGGAGAUGGUUGCGCAGAUGCAAAUGAUCAUUGCGGAAGCAGAGACUCUGAAAGCGGCGGUCGAGACGCGGGAUAACACUGUAGCGGAGCUGGAAGGACGGGUUGCGGAGCUCGAAAAAGAGAAGCGGGAGCUCAGUGCGAGGUCAGCGGGGCUGGAAGGAGAACGAGAGGCGCUUCGACAAGAGAUGGCGGAGCAAUCCGCGCGGAUUGAAACGUUGACGGCGGAAGCGCAGGGGGCGCUCGAGAGAGGGAGCCUGGAAUUGGACCAGCGGGUUGCGACGCUCGAACGGGAGCUGUCCGAAUCGAGGCAGGAAGCGUCCGAAGCGCGCGAAGAGGCGUCCGAAUCGCGCCACGUGGCGUCCGAAGUCCGUCGAGAGCUGUCCGACGUCCGGGAGCAGCUCAGGCAAGAACGCGCGAGGGCGGAAACGCUGUCGAAGCAACUGGAAGAGGCCUCGGAACGGCUCUAUAAUGAGAUAGCAUCCUCACGGGGAAGGAUCGAUGCGCUGACGUCAGAGCUCGAAGAGCGCGCCCGCGAGGUUGGAGCGCUUCGGGGCCAGAUUGAGCGGAUCACGGAGCAGAACGCGGAACUAGAGGCGGGGUGGGAAGAGGAAGCGAGGGGCCGGCAGGAAGAUGCGUCGAAGCACACCCUGGAACUCCAAGCGCGCACCGAGGCGGUGCACGAGCUGGAGACACGUGUCCAAGACCUGUUGGGUUCGGAGGCGCAGGUUAAGGAGCUGCAAACCCGGGUCAGCGACCUGGAGGGUUACGAAGCCCGAGUGAGGGAACUGGAGGGUUACGAAGCCCGAGUCAGGGAACUGGAGGGUUAUGAAGCCCGGGUUAAGGAGCUGCAAGGCGUGGAGGUCCGGGUCAAGGAGCUGGAUAUCCGGGUUAAGGAGCUGGAGGCGAUGCAAACCCGGUCGGAGGAGGCGCUGGAUACGGUUUACCUCGAGCUUGCGGAGAAAGCGAAAGAGAGCGAAGGGCUCACUGCUUCGAUCGAGCAGGAACGGGGAGCCGCCGCCGAGAAGGUCCAGAAACUAGAGGCGGAGCUCGACGAGGUCGUGCGCAAGCUCUCCGGGGUUAAGGAGGAGCUAACCCGGGUUAAGGACGCCCACGCGCAAACCCAAAAAACGUUCCGGGAGAGGGAGGAAGAAGUCGAGAGUUUGCGGCAGGAGUUGGCCGAUUACGGAGCGGAAACUGCGGCUACUCGCGGGAGCGAGCUUUCGAGAGGCCCUGUCACGCCGAAGGUCGAAGCGCGGCAGCCGGCCGAGUUGAGAAACGACACGGGCAGAGGCCUCCCGACGUCGCCGCUGCAAUCGACGGGGCCUCUGGUGGCGGUGGCCAGCGUGGCGCAGCUGCGGGGCGCGCUGGCGGCCCGCGAGCUGGAGGUUAAGGAGCUAACCCGGCGGUUAGCGGAGGUUAGCGAGGCGGCGAGGCAGGCCAAGGGCAAGGAGGACGCGGUGCGGCGAGAGCUGAACGACUUGCACCAGCGCUACCGGGAGCCCCCCCUGCCGGUGUCCACGAUUCCACUGGGCUCCCCCAUUGCCUCUUCUUCGUCAUCCAUGCCCCUCUCCACGCUCAACUCUCGAAAACCGGGGCACUCCUCCGACCAGGAAAUACUGCCACUUCUGGCGGACGACGACAAAGAGAGCUACCUUCGCCCGACCACUGCGCUGCUACGAAGGUUCCCGCGCGCACUCCGGCCCCUCGCUGAGGGCGCCGAUAGGCUAUCGACGCUCACUGGGAGGACCCUCCAGGCACAGCCCGGCGCUCGACUCGCAGCCAUGGCCUACUGCGUUGUGCUGCAUCUCUUCGUCGUUUUUCUCAUUUCGACGAGGAGUUGUCCCUUACCAUGACAGACGCGAUAUGCGUGUUAGUGACCUUCUACGGCAUUUGGGCCCCAAGCAUCAGGUUUGACAUGGCAGUCUUUUACGUCGGACCCCUAGGGUUUAGGACGGAGCAAUCUGGGUCUAAUAGCACCUGCAUACGGCUCGCCCUAAACGCAGUCGAACUCUACUCUUACUAGCUUGAACACCGGAUCUAGAGACGUCAUGUGCCACCGAUCAGAGAUUUACUGCAAUAGUAUAAGGCCUUGUUAUCUGCUGUAUGAUCAUCGUUGACUUGAUUUGCCUGGGGUCGAGUCGCACACUCUCUUUG